AGUGGACGUUAAAGAGCACCGGGCUCGCGCACACCGCCGAAUGCUCGUCUCGCCCGUGGUUCGACAGGAACUGACAUCCGGUCAAUUCGGGCUGUGAACCAUCAUUGCUCUUCGCGCCGCUAACAAUAAGACGCGGUAUUAAUAAUGCGAGUAUCGUCUUCUGUUUUGGCGUGAAACGAUCCCGUGUCGGGAGCAGAGGCGCUGCUUCGACGGACGUUCAGGCCAGAUAAACUUGAACAUCUAACGCCGGUGGUGCUGCUGGACUGGUCAGUUAUAUAAGCUCAUGUCCGCCACUAUCAGGAGGUUGAAGAACCGUUCCCAAACGUGAACCUGAUACCAAUGAGCCUAUGGGAGUUGCUCGACUGUAUUUACAUUUAAACGUCAGCAGUCGACCCACCAAGAUGCCUUCGGCGAUGGUUGGCAACAACGCUGCUCAGUCUGCGAGUCCAGAUCUGGGGAACGGAAGUCAGUCAGAGGCCAUGAAGCAGUUCCUCGGUGUCGUCGAUAAGAAGGUUCGCAACAUGGAGAAGAAAAAGUCUAAACUGGAUGACUAUCAGGCAAAGAAGGACAAGGGAGACAACCUGAACCAGGAUCAGCUGGAGGCCUUAUCGAAGUACCAAGAGAUCUUGAACAACCUGGAGUUCGCUCGGGAAUUGCAGAAGAGCUUCCUUGCUCUGGGCCAAGAGAUCCAGAAGGCAGUGAAGAAGUCGGCACGGAGAGAACUGCUGCAACGGGAGGAGCAGGAGCAGCAGCGACUGAAGACCGUGCUGGAGCUGCAGUUCAUACUGGACCAGUUGGGAGACGACAACGUCAGGCAGGACCUAAAGCAGCCGGGUGCUUAUGGCUCCCCGCUGCUCACGGAGGCUGAGCUGACAUCGCUGGAUGAGUUUUACAAGCUCGUGGGACCUGAGAGAAACUACGACUUCAGGUUGACCAACCAAUAUGAAGAAGCAUCGCUGCACCUGUGGGAACUGCUGGAGGGCAAAGACAAGGCUGUAGCAGGAACCUCAUACAAAGCACUGAAGGACAUUUUAGACAAGGUGCUACUGAGCGAGUACUUCGACCAGCCUCAGACGCAUCAGAAUGGCACCUGUGAAGAGGAGAAAGCACAGGAGAAGGACACUGUGGUGACUGAGCCUGCUCCGGAGGAGAAGCCGUCAGAACCUGAAGGAGCCGCCACUGAAACCUUUGCAGAGUCAAUAAAAGUAGAAACCACAGAGUUUGUAAACACACAGUUCAUUCCUGAAACCACUUACAGCAGCACAGACAAGGAGCAGGUGGAGGAGUGGUCAGUGGAAGCGCAGUUGGUGAGCUCCCUCCAGCACGCACCCCCCGCCCGCUUGGCCCCAGAACCCCCGGCUCCCGUCAACCACGUCGCUCCUGUGCCGUUGACCGACCCCGUCAUCCGGAAACAGGUGGUUCAAGACCUCAUGGCUCAAAUGCAGGGCACAUACAACUUCAUGCAGGACUCGAUGUUGGAGUUUGACGGUCAGGCUCUGGACCCAGCUAUUGUCUCUGCCCAACCCAUGAAGCCGGUGCAGCCCGUGGACCUGCAGCAGAUGACCUCCCCACAUUCAGAGUCCAGACUCCCUCAGAUGAGCUCAGUGGCCGGACCCCAGGAGUCGUCUCAAGUAUUCAACCUGAGCGCCUCAGUGCCACCUGCCGGCGACGGGCAAGAAGACACCCUGAAGGCACCGAGCCAGUUCCCCGGCAGCUAUGGGCAGAGCUUUGGUCACGCAGAGCCGUCAGCAGACCAGUCUGACCUGCCACAGGAAACACUACAGUCAGUGGUUGCCGGCUUCCAGUCCCAGUCCCAGGCCAUGCCGACACCAGGGGGGCAUGAAGAGUCCGCCGCUGGUGCCGGGUUUGGCCAGUCAGGUCAGUCGUUCUACAACAGCCGCGCGGCGCCCAGGGCCGGGCCCAGAGGGAGUCGGGGAGUAAUGAACGGCUACAGGGGAUCCUCCAACGGUUUCAGAGGAGGAUACGAAGGUUAUCGACCACCCUUCGCCAACACCCCCAGCACCGGUUACGCUCAGAGCCAGUUCAACACGCCACGGGACUUCUCUAAUGCCACCUACCAGCGGGAGGGCUACCAGCAAGGAUACAAGCGUGGAAGCAGCCAAGGACCACGAGGGCUGUCUCGAGGGAACGUUCAAGCCAUGCGAUCUUAAAGGCGGCCGGGUCACACCACAUCAAACAUUCAGGAUUUUUGAAUGUUCACCAAGUUCACUUUUAUAACGCUUUCUUUCUCAUCGUCUUUUUUUUUAACUCCUGUUCUACUCGUCGGUCGACCUCUCGAGGUCCUUCCAUAUCCUCUUAAUGUUUUAACACAAAAUGCUGUACUCCACAACAUGUAGGACUAUGAGCAGGUCUGUGUGCUACAAAACAACAAAUAGUUAUUCCUGUAAACUUGAAAGAUUUCAUUAAUUUAUUUUUUGUACAAAAAAAAAUGCAAAAAAUACCCGCCACUGUCGAUCUGAUUCCAGGAUUCUUUGUUUCCUUCCUUUCUUCUUCUGCCCUGUACUGUUGGCCACUUUGACCCCGGAUGCUCCAAUUUUCAUAGACAUUCAAUGUUUUUUUUUUUUUUUUACCCCCGUCACCUCCUGCCUCAUAACCUCUUUGUAUGCCGAUGUAAUUGGUCAAGACUGUUUCAAUAAAGUUGUG